AUGUCUACAUCAUCUAGCAAACCCGCUGAUGAGAACACACCUCUCCUAACCCAAGUAGACCCAACACCGAUAACAGAGGAUCAAUCGAUCGACCCUUCAUCUCAGCAAGAUGACAUCGAAGAAGAAGAUCAGGAUAGGCCACUGCCCAAAGCUCAGAUCUUUCUCCUGUGUUUUACGGUAUGCGUGGCUCCGAUAUCCUUCUUCUCCAUCUUCCCUUAUAUCAAUUUCAUGAUUGAGAGGGUGGGGAAUGUGGAUAAGGAGGAUGUUGGGUUUUACUCCGGCUUGAUUGAGAGUCUGUUUAGUGCGACGCAGAUGUGUGUGAUGAUCUUUUGGGGAAGGGCUUCUGAUCGAUAUGGGAGGAAGCCUACUCUCAUCAUAUCUUUGUUGGGCUUGACUGUCGCCACGACUCUCUUUGGAAUGAGCCAGACUCUCUGGCAAAUGGCAUUGUUCAGAUGCCUGGGUGGAGCCUUUGCUGGAACGGUCCUCACUGUCCGGGCAAUGAUUUCUGAGAACAGUACUAAGCAUACUCAAGCGCGAGCUUUUAGUUUCUUUGCUUUCGCCAGCAAUAUGGGUAUCUUCAUCGGUCCGCUGAUAGGUGGUGCACUCGAACGCCCCGCCGAUAAGUUCGCAUCAACCUUUGGCAAACUGCAGUUCUGGCAUGACUAUCCCUACGCGCUUCCUAAUUUUGUCGUAUCGGCUCUCGCUAUCUCUGCAGCAAUCACAACGAUGCUUUUCGUUAAAGAAACACUGCAUAUCCAUGGCGACAAGAAGAAGGCCGCAAAAUCCACCAUGUCCACCUGGGAGCUGAUCAACCGUCCCGGCGUCAUGCGAGUACUCGUCGUAUACAACUACGUGAUGCUCAUGGCGUUCACAUUCACAGCCGUCUUUCCAGUCGCCCAAUACACACCCAUCAAAUUGGGUGGCCUCGGCUUCACCGCAGAGCUCAUCGCUGCAUGCACAGCGUUGAAUGGAGUAUCUCAGGCAGCCUGGCUACUCAUUGUAUUCCCUGCGCUACACAAGCGCGUGGGUACUGGCUAUGUGCUCUAUCUAUGUGCAUCAGUCUGGCCACUUCUAUUCAUCGUCGGUCCGGUAUACAAUUUUCUACUCCGGCAUGGGCAUACUACCAUCUUCUGGGCUACUGGGCCACCUCUUCUAGUCCUUGCAAGCGGAGUGUCGAUGGCCUUUACCAGCGUCCAGCUCGCGCUCAACGAUAUAUCACCCUCACACGAAACACUCGGUACACUCAAUGCGGUUGCGCUGGCGGCGCAGAGUGGUAUUCGAUCCGUAGCACCGGCUCUUGCGACUAGUAUAUAUGCUAUUGGCGUCAAGUACCAUAUUCUGGGUGGUCAACUUUUCUGGCUUUGUCAGCUCGUUCUGUCAUUCGGCUUGUUUGGGCUGCUGAAGCUGCUGCCUGCGAAGGCUAGGGGGGACGUGAAACCGAAGCUGUUCAACGGCAGUGUUUGA